AAUUUCUUUUUGUAAUCCCGUUUGAGGGGUCACGAUCGAGGUCUCUAGUUAGCUACCGUGCAUAUUGAUAUGGUGUGGAGAGUUCACUGACAGCUUGUUGGUCGGAAGCACGCAACCUGCUACUGGCAAAGCAUCCAAUAUCGGACAAGACCUCGCUCUCCGAAAUUGAUGAUUGAACCGAUUUGUACCUGAGAAGAAAGUAUUUGUAACGUUGCGUCAACCGGGUUAACGAGUCCGUGGCGGCCGCGUUAAGCGUCGCGUUAUGGAGAGUUUACCCCUUACUAACGUUAACUAGGCUAAUUCAGCCUGAAGCCAUUACUGUAUAGUGAACAUUUCCAAACUAUAUCGUACCUUACGUUGCUCUGUAACACGGCUGAGCCUGCAGUCAGAGCUUGACAUACAGAAGCAGAAGUGAAGGAACCGCCCAUCAAUGGGCAACCCCACCCCUACAGUUGAUGUACUGUGAGUAAGAAGUGAGUGGACCAGAAAUACUGUAGCCUAUUGCCAUGGAGGACACUCAGCCCAAACCUGCUACUCCGGAACCCACCCGGGCCCCGAGUCCAGCACCAAGUCCAGCCCGUAGUCCAGCCCGUAGUCCAGCCCGUAGUCCAACACCAACGCCAGUAUCCCUGCCAACAACCGGCCCACUACUGGACUUAAUUCCUUUGCCUGCAACAAACAAUGUGGAGCACCUAAAUGUGAACCAGAUCCAAGUGGUGGUACGACGCUGUUCUAGUCCAAAUGUCACGGAGGAGACCACCUUUUUUAUCCCACGAAACCCUGCAGUGGAUGCUGCCACAAACACAGACCCGCCCGUGGUCUGCUGCCCCUUGCUCGCUAGAUUUUGUCCAUGUCCCCCAAGAGGACUCCUGGCCUCUCUUGUUACUAAAGUCCUUCUGGCAGGUGUGCUCUUUGGAGUGGUAUGGUCUAUCACCGAGGAUGAGUGUCUUCCAGGGGGAAACCUGUUCGGAAUCACAAUCCUCUUCAUCUGCGCAGUCAUUGGUGGCAAAGUGGUGGCUCUCAUCCGUCUGCCCAAACUUCCGCCAUUUCCACCUCUCCUUGGUAUGCUGCUGAUGGGUUUUUUGCUGAGAAACAUCCCAGUUAUAACAGACGGGGUGUACAUUGACUACAGGUGGUCUGCAUCACUGAGGAACAUCGCUCUGGCUGUCAUUCUGGCCAGAGCUGGUCUGGGUCUGGAUCCCAUGGCUCUGAGGAAACUGAAAGCGGUGUGUUUACGUCUGGCAGCUGGGCCCUGCAUUAUAGAGGCUUGCACCACAGCGCUGAUCUCCCAUUUCCUCAUGGGCCUGCCCUGGGUUUGGGGCUUCAUCCUCGGCUUUGUCUUGGGCGCUGUGUCUCCAGCAGUUGUGGUUCCCUCCAUGCUGCUGCUGCAGAAGGACGGUUACGGCGUGGAGCAGGGCAUCCCCACCCUGCUGAUGGCUGCCGGCAGUUUUGAUGACAUUCUCGCAAUCACAGGGUUCACCACAUGUCUGAGCGUGGCCUUCGCAACAGGCUCCACUUGGUUCAACAUCCUGCGAGGAGUGCUAGAAGUGGGCGGUGGGAUGGUUGCUGGGAUUCUUCUUGGCUUCCUCAUCCAGUACUUUCCCAGUAUGGACCAGAAACACGUAGUAAUGAAGCGAUCCUUCCUGGUGCUGGGUCUGUCCGUCUUUGCCGUGUUUGGCAGCGGUGUGGCAGGGUUUCCGGGCUCUGGAGGCCUCUGCACACUGGUGUUGGCCUUCCUGGCUGGCCUCGGCUGGGGUUCAGAAAAGGCACGUGUGGAGGAAGUGGUGGGCUGGGCAUGGGACGUGUUCCAGCCUCUUCUCUUUGGACUGAUAGGAGCAGAAAUUCGUAUCACUGAGUUGGAGGCAUACACAGUUGGUCUGGGUAUAGCCUCUCUGCUCAUUGCCCUGCUGGUUCGAAUACUGUUCACCUUUGUCUGUGUGCUGUGUGCGGGCUUCAACAUGAAGGAAAAAGUGUUCAUUGCCCUCGCAUGGAUGCCCAAAGCCACAGUGCAGGCGGCCAUAGGCUCCACAGCUUUGGACAUGGCCCGGUCGAAGGACGACAAGGUGUUGCAGAAGUACGGCAUGGAUGUGCUUACUGUGGCUGUGCUGGGCAUCCUGCUCACUGCCCCUGUAGGAGCUCUGAUCAUAGGGCUCACUGGACCUCGUCUGCUGCAGAAACCAAAGAACUCUGCCUGUGGUGAGCGAGUCAAACCCAAUGUAUCAGCCUUUUUCUUAGCAGGAGGUGAAGAUGAAAAUGAAUCUCCUGUCACCUAUGAAAGCACACUCUGACAUCACCUGUGCUCAUCCAGUAAGCAGGGACAUUUAAGGAGACUUCCUUGGUGCUUUCACACCUCGGAUAUUUGAGCUUUCCUUUAGCCACCGAGUGGCUCUCUUUUGUCUCUCCAUCUGCCGGUCAGCUCCUGAUGUUUGCCGUGCUGCAGGAACACAUUAAUCACUCUGUAUUUAUAGCCUCUGGUGGUUUCCAGGCCUCAGGCUCAAAACAAAUGACCCACAUCCAAGCGUGUGCACAGUCAUGCUGUAUGAGACUCUGUAAGAGGUGGUUAUGUUUCUGGUCCCCAAUUCACUUUUAUUCAGAUAUAUUAGUGUGAGGCAUGAAUAUGGUUUACAUUUUUGAAAAAGCGGAUAUUAUUUUCUGCCUAUCAUGUUCAAUAAAUCCACUUUUUUCCAUUUGUAUGACUGUAAUGACAUAUCAGUUAACUUGUCACUGUGUUUGGACUUGAACAGGUGGAAAUGCUGUAUUUAAUUAGAAGCCAUUGUCUUUUGAGCGCUACAUAAUUCAAUGCACUGACGGUAGUAAUAUUGUAUUGUUUUAAAUUAGACUACAGUCUGUAGGUGUUUUGCUCACAGUACAACAUUUUUAAAGCUAUGUGUUUGUUUUAUUUUUGCGUAUGUUUGAAAUAAUUUGUAUUAGCCGUGUAUUGGUGAUAAGACGGAUUUUGUGUAGUUGACAUACUCAGGAGAAAAAUCUAAAUAAUUCACCACACUUUCCUACGGUUUAAACAAAAUGCUGCUAAAACACCCAUCCUCUGCUACAUUUCGCUAUGUCGGUUUCCAUUUUCACAGAUACUCAACAAUGACCAUUUCCAUAUUCAAAACGUUCAUGUAAACCAUACCGUUGAUUGUAAGGCAAAGUCGAUUUUUCAUAUUUUUUACAUUUGUUUUUAUUACAGAAGUAUGCAGUGGAACUUAAUGUUUUUUAUUUGAAUGUAUUGACAUUGCCUCGUGAUGUAUUAUUAUAAACUAUUUAUGACAAAGUAUAAGAAUUGAGCAUUAGUUUUUUACCAAAUAUUCUUUAAGUAAUAAAUGAUAAAACACAUCAAUAAUUGUUCUUCUCUUGUAUGUUGAAUGUAUUGUGUGAUAGUGAUAGAAUGAUAGCUUAAAUUAUGACAAUUAUUACAAUUUCACUAACCAACCAACAAUCAUGUCCUAUUUUAAUUUGUUCACUGUCCCUUGAGGUUUCGGCUUC